GACGCCCGACCCGUGCGAGGGCCGGGUCCGCGCCUGCCCUGCGAGGCGAAGCGAGGGGACCUCCGUGCGGCCAUGGCCACGCUGUUGGGAGCUUAUCCGUGGCCCGAGGGGCUCGAGUGCCCGGCCCUGGAAGCCGAGCUGUCGGAUGGGCUGUCGCCGCCGGCCGCCCCCCGCGCACCGGGGGACAAGGGCUCGGAAAGCCGUAUCCGGCGGCCCAUGAACGCCUUCAUGGUGUGGGCCAAGGACGAGAGGAAACGUCUGGCGGUGCAGAACCCGGACCUGCACAACGCCGAGCUCAGCAAGAUGCUGGGAAAGUCGUGGAAGGCGCUGACGCUGUCCCAGAAGAGGCCCUACGUGGACGAGGCGGAGCGGCUGCGCCUGCAGCACAUGCAGGACUACCCCAACUACAAGUACCGCCCUCGCAGGAAGAAGCAGGCCAAGCGCCUCUGCAAGCGCGUGGACCCGGGCUUCCUCCUGAGCUCCCUCUCCCGGGACCAGAACGCUCUGCCCGAGAAGCGGGGCGGCGGCCGCGGGGCGCUGGGGGAGAAGGAGGACAGGGGUGAGUACUCCCCGGGCUCCGCCCUGCCCAGCCUGCGGGGCUGCUACCACGAGGGGCCAACUGGCGGCGGCGGCACGCCGGGCAGCGUGGACACUUACCCGUACGGGCUGCCCACGCCCCCGGAAAUGUCGCCCCUGGACGUGCUGGAGCCGGAGCAGACCUUCUUCUCCUCCCCUUGCCAGGAGGAGCAUGCGCACUCCCGCCGCAUCGCCCACCUGCAGGGGCCCACUUACUCCCCGGAGUACGCCGCCAGCCCCCUCCACUGCGGCCAUCCCCUGGGCUCCCUGGCCCUCGGCCAGUCCCCGGGCGUCUCUGUGAUGUCCACUGUACCUGCCUGUCCCCCAUCUCCUGCCUAUUACUCUCCUGCCACCUACCACCCUCUCCACUCCAACCUCCACGCCCACCUGGGCCAACUCUCCCCCCCUCCCGAACACCCCGGCUUUGAUGCCCUGGAUCAGCUGAGCCAGGUGGAACUCCUGGGGGACAUGGAUCGCAAUGAGUUCGACCAGUAUUUGAACACUCCUGGCCACCCAGACUCUGCUGCAGGGGCUGUGGCCCUCAGUGGGCAUGCCCCUGUCUCCCAGGUGACAUCAACAGGCCCCACAGAGACCAGCCUUAUCUCCGUGCUGGCUGAUGCCACGGCCACGUACUACAACAGCUACAGCGUAUCAUAGAGUCGGAGGCAGCCAGCCCAGACCUGAGUCGCCCCGCAGCCCUCUCCUUCCCGCGCGAGGAGCAGAGGCGACCGCGCAGUGCUACCGGCUUUCCUCCGACCGCCCGGGGUGUGCAGGUCUGAACUGUCCGCGGGGCAGAACGGGGCUCUGCUGGUCUGAGUGCCCCUGCGCUCCCUGCCGCCUACAUUUUGAGUAUAUUCCUUCAAAUGGGUUCUCAUUGGCUACACCCUGGGAAUAAGGCAAGGUAGUUGCCGAAAGAUGGUUAACCGGCAGAUCUUCAUUACUUCUCCCGGUCCCCAUCACGGAAACCAAUGUGUGAAAAUCUCAGCGGCAUUCACACCUCUCCAGCUUCUGACCCAGACGCAUGGGGUACAGCCGUCCUGAUCUUUGGGUCCUCCAGGUGAGAAGAGGCCUGGGCUGGGACCCAGAGGACCCCGGGUCCGGUCCCAGUUCUGCCUCGGAAGGCUGGAGGGACCCGCACUCGGCUCUCUUCCCCUUCCAGCCCCUCCCCCAAUCUGUAAAGUGGGGGACAGACUUGACAUCUAAGGCCCCUUCAGCUCCAGGGUUUUCUGACCUAGGAUUCUUUCAAGGCUAAUUAAAAAGAAAAAGUUUGUCUUAGUAAAAUUCAUUAAUGUCCAACCUGGUGAUAAUUCCGUGUGCGCAGCCCAAGAACACAUGGCUUUCUGCAUGGCAUUGCCUUCCCAAAUGAUCGUGGUUUUUCAAAAGGACUCUUCCAAUUUGAGGAACAGCAUUCGUCUUGAUUUGGGAAAUUAACCACUAGGGUUGACUGCAUUACUGAAUGUGAUUGAAUUCAAGCCACUGGUUUUUAAACCCAUUGUUUAAGAUAAAAAAUUUUUUUAUCACACACGUUUCAAGAGAAUAUACAGAGCCUGAAUCUAUACAGUCAGCGUAUGCGAGACAUGCACAACACAAACACCUUCCCGCUCAUCCUUCAAUGCAUGUCUGUACAGCCUAAAUCAGAUGCUCUUCUAGAUGUUGGCAAUUUCUUGUCAACUUCCUGUUCUGAAUGACCCCAAGAGCAGGGAACCUAAAAAGAAUUUCUGCACCACAUCAUUUACCAUCCAUCUGAAUGUAUUCAUUUCUUGAGCAAAAUUUCAGCAUACUCUCCCCUCUGCAGGUGCAAAAGGAGCUUCCUUCUCACUGUCUCUGACUCUCCUUCUUCCUUUCCCUGGAUUUCUUUUUCUCUUCUUCUCUGUUCUUCCUCCACCCCUGACCUGCCCAUGAAUUCGAAGAUCCCCUGGCUUAAAAAUCCUACAUGAUUCCUAUGACUGAGAUAGGAAUUUGCUCUCCUCACCAGACAGCUGGUUCUUGGGAACAUCUUCAGCUAACACUUCAAAACAACUUCCCCUUCCCUAUACUGACUUCCCAAAGAACAGAAACGCACUGUGAUUCAGAAAAGUUUCUGAGCCCUGACCCCACCCCAAAAACAUUUCCAUCCUUCUCACAAACCUCCUUUGAAGGAACAUACCUAGCAAUGAGGGAAAAGACAGUUGUUUGUCUUUUAAUUGCAGCAUAUUAUUGCCUGUAUGAAAUAUGUAAGUGUUUUAUAUAUUCUCCUAUUUUUAGCUUAUAUUUUAUAUUGUUGAGAGAUCCUUUUUUUUCCUUCCAAGGCAUCCUACUAUAAAAUUACUUAUAAGAUAUAAUUAAUCUUUAUGCUAUUGCUGUAUGCAACAUUUGGUAAUAAAUGGUAAAUCAUUGACAUAUGAUUGACUGGUGCAGUCCAGAAUGUAUAUUAAUAAUCUUGUAAAACAUUAUCACAGACAUUAAGCUAAACUGUUCCUUUUUUUUUUUUUUUGUAAGAGAUACACAUGCUUUGGAACGGUUGUAGAUAUUGAUCUGUCUAAAAUAUUUAAUUUAAAUAAAUGUUUUUGUACCAUGA